AGCCUUCACCAGCUGUCAUGAGCGAGCGCCUCCACCCCAGGAAAAGGAGAAGAAAUGAUGAUGAUAACCACCUCCCGCCCCAGACCAAAAUGAGCAGUAGGAACCCCAUCUUCCAGGACUCCUGGGACACAGAGUCUUCGAGCACUGACAGUGGUGGCAGCAGCAGCAGCAUCAACAACCCGGAAAGGGCCAGUGGACCAGAGAACAGCUUGAGCCAGAUCAUCCCCGGAUCCUGCCCCAGUACCCCCCAGCCCGUGCCCGAGCAGUCUGCACUAUGCCAAGGCCCUUACUUCCUUAUCAAUCAGACCCUGAAGGUGGCCCACUUUCACAGCCUACAGCACCUAGGCCAGCCUCUGACAUGAUGCUCUGGCCGUUUCUUGCCUUCUGUGAAGGGACAGCACUGUACAGAUUGGAUAUUUCAACUUAAUGAUUUGUUUUUAAAAGUUGCACACAGAAAAAAAAAAUGCCUGUUGGCUCUCAGUCUAUAUUUAAGUAUUGGGUCAGCAGGCAGCUGUUUACCUGGGGUUUUGCUGCACUAUUGCAAUUUCAGAGGGGCAAUUUUUAUAGGAUCUUUUGAGACAGGGCAUCAAGUCUGUGUCAUGGCAGUGUCUGAGGAAGUCUCCUUUGAUUGAUUUCCACAUCUGUCAAUAAUUAGACUUGUACUGUAGAGCUUCUUAAAAUGUCGGGUCUUCAAUUUUUUAACUCAAUAAACUAGUAAAGAAUAAAAAAAA